GAUAUUUAUGCUGAAAAAGAAACUUUUUUCUUUUCCCGAUACCGGUACACUGAUAUCGCGAUCUCGCUGAUUUCUUCGCGCCAUAUCUAGUCACCUCACAUAUAGUUACUCUUAUUUCUUUUUUGCUCUUGCUUCUAAAAUCUUCAUGUUCUCGCUUGAUUAUACCGAUCAUUACUAGCCAGUUGACACCAUAUAUUGUAAUCCACAUAAACCCCCUCGAAAUAUUUGGUCUCCCAAGCUGCAACUUUGUUCCAUAAUUUAUAAAGAAAUCAGAGCUUCUGCGUGCUUCCUCUGAAGUUCCUCAAGAAUUUUUUAAUUUUUUAAAUCACUUGUUCACCUAUAAAACUUGGUAGGUACAAGUUUUAUAGGCGCUCCAAAUCAUUUUCGCUUCGUGAAACCAACGUGAGAACACAAACAUUUACCCCCUCUGUAUUUUCUAUCAACAUUCGUCUUCCCGAAUAACUACCAAGUAUAAAGUUCACAAGCUCACCGUUCGAUCAUCGUGCACCUGAAAAUCCUUGCUGUAUUAUAUCAGUAAUGGGGAAAGGUGUGCCCGUGUCACCCAGCUCACCCCAAGGUCGUUUCACCCGACAUGCCCGAGCUGUGGGUGUGUUGUGGUGUGUCUUCACCCUCUGCUUCACCAUCAUUGUGGCUGUGGUGUUCAUGCAGCCACACUGGGUCGGCACAGCUACCGACACUGGGCCAGGUCACAUCGGCUUAUGGCGCUGGUGCUCCACCGUCUCUCUUGACCCAAACAACUCCCCCGAUGACGUCAUAUGUUCAGGAGAGUUGCUAGAUAUCUUCAACUUCUUCAGUUCAGAUGGAGGAGGUGGCUCUUCUCCCAAUCCCGGCAUCGUCAACAACACGCCUUUUAAGACAGCAUUUUUGCUGGUUGGCUUAGCGCUGCUGGUGUCUGUGCUGUCGCUGUCAGCGAUGUCGCUCUUCUUGUGCCUCAAGACGAGCACGGUCUUCCACAUCGCCGGCUGGAUGCAAAUCAUCGCGGGUUGCCUGCUGGGCGCCGCAGUCUGCGUGUACCCGCUAGGGUUCAACACCAGCGAGGUACGUCAUCUGUGCGGGCCUACGGCGCGUCAGUACAACGUCGGCGAGUGCAGCAUCCGCUGGGCAUACGUGCUCGCCAUCAUCGGCGUGUUCGACGCUGUGGUUCUAGCAGCGCUGGCCCUCGUCCUCGCUACCAGAACCGUCAAGCCCGUCGUGGAGAGCAUCUAUGCUACGCCUGAAAUAUACAAAGGUGAGCUUGGCAACGGUGCGUUCAUGUCGGACGGCGCCAGCCUGGCAGCUUCAAGGAAAUCUUUGAACCUUCAGCCUGUGAUGAUGAUGCCACCAGCGCCAUCUGAACACGACACCUACGGCCGUCACUACCACCUAUGAGCGUUACGCCACUAUCUGAACCCGACACCCGCGGCCACCACUAUCUGAACCCGACACCCGCGGCCACCAAUCCCCCGUUGCCAAUUCAAGAAACAUAACAUUGUUGUUUAGCCCCUCUUGCGUCUGCAUGAAUGUUUUCAAUGCUCAAAGUAUGAACGAAAAGAUGUCUUCUAUCCUAAGGUCUGUGAAUUUGUGAUAGUUUCUAAGUUUUUUCUUGAACAAUUUUAACUUUAAU